AUGUUGCGCAUGGAAGCUGAAGGAAAGAGCAAAGACAAGAAGAACACCGAAGAGCAAUAUUCGGUGGAGCAGCCGAGCAACUCCACCACCAGCAAUGGUUGCAAUCUAACUGGUACAUACAAAAAGGGUACUGAUAUCUCGUCCUGCAGUUCAAUCACUGUCAAUUCACUGAGUGUGCCAGCCGGUGUCACAUUAGACCUAAGCAAAGCUAAGAAGGGUGCUAUCAUUGAGUUUAGGGGCACCACCACUUUUGGGACGGAAAAGUGGGCCGGACCACUUGUUCUGGUUGGAGGAACUGAACUCACUAUUAAGGGCUCUGGUAUCCUUGAAGGUCAAGGAGCCUGGUACUGGAAACAAGGCCAGUCGAUCAUUCGUCCGGUCUUCAUCCGAUUGCAAAACGUCAUCAACUCAAAAGUGUCUGGGUUCACCAUCAAGAACAUGCCCUUCCGUACGUUCAGCCUCGUCACCUGCAAGAACACGAUUCUCUCUGGUCUCACGAUUGACUCUAGAGCUGGUAAUGGAAUCGCCAAGAACACGGAUGGUUUUGGCUUGACCAAGAACGAUCAUGUCACGAUUACAGAUAAUACGAUUUACAACCAAGACGAUUGUCUUGCGAUGCAGUCCAGCACUAACACCAUCUUCAGCAACAAUCGUUGCACUGGCAGUCACGGUAUUUCAGUCGGAUCUCUCGGUGGCAAUUCCGUUGACGAAUCUACAACGGUUCAGGGUCUACGUGUCGAGGGCAACACUAUUAUCGACAGUGAUAACGGUCUCCGUAUCAAGACCAUCAUUGGUCUUAAGGGUCUGGUCAGUGAUGUGAUGUACGUCGAUAACGAGCUCAUAAAUGUGAAGAACGCCAUUGUUAUCCGCUCGGAUUACAGCAAGGCCAAGGGCGGCUACACGGGUGCUCCCACCAGUCAGGUUACGAUCACUGGUGUUACUGUGUCGGGUCUUACUGGUACAGCUAAAAAUCUGUUUGACAUCAAAACCAACCCCAAGGUGGUGUCGAACUGGGCAUUCUCGGGCAUCGAUGUGACCACGUCGUUCAAGGGUAUGCUCGUCGGCUUUCCUAACAGCCUCGCGGAUUUAUCCGUCAGCCUCGGCAUUUAA